AUGUCUUUUGAGAUUGGCUCACGCAUUAUAACAGAAAAGAAUGGUAAAGGUCGUGUAGCUUUCUUCGGUGCGACUAAAUUCGCAGAUGGAGAUUGGGUGGGAGUCAUUCUUGAUGACCCCAAAGGUAAAAAUAAUGGAACCGUUCAAGAAGUUGCUUAUUUCCAAUGUGAGGAGAAGUAUGGUCUGUUUGUAAGGCCAACACAGAUCAAGUUAGAAGCUGAUAUGAUCAAAACUAGAUCUGGCGGAGCUUUGAAAGCCCCGGCAUCAGUGUUGAAAAGUGCAAAGCCUUCGCCAAAGACAAGUCCGAAAAUGAGUCCAGCAGCAUCAAUGGAACGAAUCGUGAAAGCAACACCAUCGAGAAAAAGUUCAUCAAUAGCUAAAGCUUCCGAUGCGACUGACAAAAAUAAGCGCAACACCCGAGCUUCCACUGCUGAAAAAUCUUCCAUAACGCCUUCAAUCUCCCGGGAAGCUUCAACAUUAUCGCAGUCUGAUGCUCCAUCUAGAGCUAUUCCUGUUAUUCAUGAGAAAGGGUCGCCUAAUUCCGAAACAGUCCAAGCUAGAGUGAGGAAAAUGGAGGAGACCGGAACAGCUUCUUUAUCUUCUCCAAAAACGGAAAUCCCUGAAGAUAUGGAUUUGGCCACUCAGAACGAAUACCUACGAAUGGAAGUUAAAGAUUUGGCAGAAAAAGUAGAAACUCUAAGAUAUAAAUGCAAGGAAAAUCAUGCCAAGCUUCAAGAAUCGGAAAGAAAUCAUGUUCAAUUGCAAUCAUUAAAUGAACUGAAGACUAAACUCACAGAUCAGAACCUUGAGUUAAUACGGCAAGUGGAGGAAGCUAAAAGAGAAGCGGAUGAAAUUCGCGAAUGGCGUAACGUGAACCAGGAACAAAUGAGCAACGCAGCUGAAGAGCUGGAAAUGGCCUUGAUUGAUAAAGAAAUGGCGGAAGAAAAGUGCGAUAUUUUACAGAAAGAGUGUGAUGCUCACAAAGAGAAGGUAGACGAGCUUCAAGCUGAUUUGGAGAUUCUAAGGGAAGAGAUGUCCAGUGGCGGAGGCGCGGCUCCGGAAGGCAACAGUGUACAAAUGAAGCAACUCGAAGCUCAGAACGAAAGAUUGAAGGAAGCAUUAAUCAAGUUGCGUGAUUUACAUGGUCAAGCACAAGCUGAUAUGCAAAUCGCUCAGAAAGAGGCUGAAAUUUUGAGAAGCGAGCAUAGUGAACUUAUUAGGGCUGCUGAAGUCGCACAGAACGUUGCUAGUGAAGCUGAAAAACGGGUUUUGGAUUACAGGGAACAGAUGGAAGCUGCAAUGGGAGCAGAAGAAAUGAUUAUGGCUUUGACUAACAAAAAUAUGGAUAUGGAGGAACAAAUAAGAUCUUUGGAGCAAGAGAAAGAAGAUUUGGAAGCUCUUCGUGAUAUGGACGAACAGAUUGCGGAGGCUCAAAAGCAAGUAGAACGUGAUCUAUUGAAGGAUAUUGAACUACAGCAGAUCAAAUUCACUGAAUUCAUUCAAAAGUUGAAAGAUGAGGAAAAACACAGUGAUGAUCUGAUGGCGACUAUCAUCAAAUUCCGACAGAGAACUACUGAGCUCAAUGAAGAAAUUCAAGAUCUCAAGGAUCAGAUCCUUCGAUAUGAAGAACGGUUAUCUGGAGAACAAAUCGACGAGAAGAACAUUGCGAGCAUGGCUAGUCAACUACAAGUUAAUGCAUCCAGAGCAUUCGUGGAGUCCGUUGAGAGACAGCUUAGUCUCAUUGAUUUGGAAUUUGCUCGGAAACAAGCUGGUUAUCUUAAAGCUUUCCUACCAGAUAAUUUCACCCGUCCUGGAGGUGACAACGACGCCGUGUUAGUGAAUGUCCUGUUUCCUCGUUUAUCUGCCAAAGCUGCUCUGUUUACGAAGCUAGUUGCUGAAAGAUUCCCUGGUGUUCCUGGAGGGAUUCGUCGAGAGCAUGUCACCAAAUCUCAUAAGGCAGAGCAAUGGGCUCAAUCUGCUCGUGUUAAUCAUAUGUGUAGUGCAUUGAUUUACAUAUGCGGACAGUUUGAGAGUGCCAUCCAAUGCAUGACGAUUGAACAGUUAGCUAAACUAUCUCAACUACAAUCUGAAAUGUCUAUUCAUGAAAAGUCUGUCGAUUCCUUUAUAGAAUUAUUGAGACAAGGAAGAUUUGAUGAGAAUACUUCUCUUGAAAAUCUCGAGAAAGCUGUCAUGUAUUUCCAAAAUGUUUUCUCUAUUCAUGUUGGUGGCGACGAGUUCGAUGCUGCUAAAUACGUUUCUCUCGUAUGCAAACAUAUAAUGGCUGGUACAGAUUGGGCUAAAGUUAAUACUCAGAGAAUCCUAUUUUUCUUAUUGGAGGGAAAUGAGGAGAGUGACGUGUUCAAUGUUAUCACCAAUAUUGAAGGUGAUUUAGAAAGGUUCAAGCAAUUAGCUAUUAGAGCUAGCAAACGUGUUCCGAAUGAUCGCAAAUUGAGACUUUUACCUGAGUUCUCGGAUGAUAUUCAAGCUAUUGUUUCGAACAUGAAUAGGUUCGGGUCAUUGUUACACGAAGCUUCUAGUAUUGCAAGUCUUCAAAUAAUCAUAAACCCAGAACCUAACGGAUUCGAAGCUGGACGUUUAAAAGAAAUUAUUCAUGGAGUUGUUGAGAAGUUUAAUGGCUCAAUAACAUUAGAGAAAGCAUUCGAACCAGUACAGAAACUCACAUCAACCAUUUUCAAGAAUAUGGAGGAUAUUGUGAAUAUUCUUGACUCUGGCUCAAUGGAAGAACCUGAAAACAAAGAUAAGAAAUCCAAAGUUUAUCCGGCUAUGUUGGAGAGAGCCCACCAAAGAAAACAAGCUGCAUCAGAAGCAGAAGGAUUACGUUGGCAAUUGGAGAAGAAAGAUGCCGAAAUUCUUGAUCUCAAGAAGAAUAUAAAGAGCAGACUUGAAGAUAUCAGCAAUUAUAAGCUGCGCUUAGAAAUGGCUGAAGCUCGGAUGGAUUCAUCUGGAAAACAGGAGAACGCGAAGUCCCAAUUGCUUGAAACUAAGAUUGAUCAAUUGAAUUCUGAGCUCAAGAAAAAAUCUAUCGAGUACGAUGAGGCUCUGGAUACCAUGAGCAAAGAGCUCAAGAGUUUGGAGAAUGAAAACGAAGAGUUGAAGAAGAAUCACAAAAAUAUUGCCAAGAGAGUUUUGCUUCAGAAUAUUCAAACUAUGGAAAGCAGAGCUGCGACGUCGUCUUCAAGUUUGGUCAACACCCCCAUAUCUAAUGUCGGUAAAGCUGAGCUUAACUUGCUGGAGCUUCAGCUCUCUGAGUGUCAGUCAUCCCUACGUGCUACUGUUCUGGAAAACGUCAAGUUGAAGAGUGAAAUUGCCAACUUGAAUAACCCAGGAGGUGUGCUCCAAGUGCCUGAUUGGAUUACGGGACCAGAAACUUUACGUGCCUCUUCUCGUGAUGAUGUACUUAGUCAAAUAACUAGAGAAGCAGAGCAACUGAAAAGAGAUGAACUUCUGUAUAUGGUGUAUAUCCCAGACUUAUCACUUCCCAAAAACAAAAGAGAUGAACUUGAAACUCAGUUCGAGAAAGAAAAGCAAUUAUAUAACGACAGAGUGGAGACGCUACGAUGCAGACUUAGAAGGUACUGGGAUGAGAGCUGUCCAGGAGAAUCGUUCCCCAGUGGAAGCUUUGGCUUUGAACCGGAACCAGUACAAUCAACGGUAUUGGAAUCGGAGGAGCCUAGUUUCAACAGUGUUCUGUCCAGUUGGGGAAUCAAAGUUUAG